UUUUUGUGAAUUUGCAUGACUAAUGUCGACAAUUGUUUGUUAUUUUCGUUCAGAGCAAUGUUAGUUUGAGAGUCCAUCAGAGAAAAUUUUCAAAAUCCUCCCCCGAACUUUGUGAUGUGUUGUCCGCAAAUCGCGUUUAAAUUAUUUUUUUAAGACGUAAUUUGAUGGCAGCAGUUUGACAGUUAAUAAUGGUUAUAGGCAGGAGCCAUUUUCCUAGUGGCAGAUUCUUUGUUUAGUAAUUUGUUGUGACAUGUGAUAAUUUAGCAUUACACAAAUCAAAAUGAUUUCAUUGGCAACAAUUUGUGUUCUGUUCACAUUCCUAAUUGACUACACAUCAGCAGAAAUCUAUGCUUUACAAUUUGACUCACAGUUUUAUUAUAAUGAAUUCGAAGAUAUGGAAGCAUUGUUUGGGCCUAAAUUAUCAGACGAAGUGUCCCUACGGGCUAUGCUACUGUAUGCUGACCCACCAACCGGCUGUGAACCAAUGAAACCACCCCCAAACAACACAGAAAAUGAAACAGGAAAGUGGGUAGUUUUAGUGCCAAGAUACAACAACAAAAUUAACUGCUCGUUUGAGGAAAAAGUCAGAUAUGCACAGAGGGCAAACUAUGAUGCUGUCAUAGUCCAUAACAUUAAUUCCAGCCAGUUAGUGCCUAUGUCAGCAAAGAACAGCACUGGAAUUGUUAUUCCAUCAGUGUUUGUCAGUGCCAGCUCUGGUAUGGCUUUGAAAAGUUACACACAUCCACCGUACUUCAUUGUGAUCACUGGUGAGGCUCCAUUCAACAUACAGACUCAUCUGCUGAUACCGUUUGCUAUUGUUGUGGGCAUAUGUUUUAUAGUGAUGAUUAUUUUUAUGAUCGUGAAGUUUGUAAAAGACCGCAGACGACAAAGGAGACACAGAUUGCCGGCCUCGACGUUAAAAAAGAUCCCCACGUGUAAAUACCAACGCGGAGACCCGUACGAGAUGUGCGUGAUCUGCCUGGACGAGUACAUAGAAGGCGAGAAGCUCCGGGUACUGCCCUGCAACCACGUCUACCACAUGAAAUGCAUCGACCCGUGGCUGACGAAGAACAGACGAGUGUGUCCGAUUUGCAAGAGGAAGGUGUUCGCCCACGACGAGUCGCAGCACGACUCGGACAGCGACUCGGACGCGGACGACACGACGCCGUUGAUCAACCCGAACAGCAACAGGGGCACGCAGGGCGGCACCUUCGACGAACAGACCGAGAAUCCGAUCCAGAGGGCGGGCAGGUCCGUCUCGCAGAUAUCCGGGGCGACGACGAACUUCGUCACCACGUCGGACCAUCACAGCAUCAACGGGGAGUACGACAGUUUGAGUAAUUCGCAGGUGUCCGCGUCCGAUGACGAGACCAACAGCAAAACGAACGAGAAUCCGUGCGCCAAUCCGGACCAGAUUCACGUGCACACGUUGCCCGAGGCUGGAGGCGAGAAUAAGAAUGACUUGAACGUCUGAAUGUUUUGCGGGGGACGUUGCUUAAUAACUGGAGUUAUACUAACAAUGCGGCUUCCUCGGGUUCGAGUUGAUGUUCGAUAAAUGUUUGUGUAGAGUUUGUCUGGUACAAAUCCGGCGACAAGCAUUGUUUUAUUAUAUUCUUGGAUUUUAGACCAACUUAUUAAAAAAAGCUUGGCACAAAUUGACGGUUUACUAAAGCUCAUAACUCAAUUAUUAAGGAACUCUUUAAAUGAUUUGCUUUAUAGCCUUCUAGUCUUGUUUAUCACUGUAAAAACUACUUUACAUGGUGCUAGCCCGUAUAGAUCUAAUUUUUGACAAAUUAAAAACAUAUUUAAUGAAAGAACUGUCAGCGUAUAUCACAAAAAUCUCAACGGAACGAUUUUUAUAUAUUUACUCAUACUUUAGCUUUGACAUUGUUGUUAUUGUAACAUUUUUUAAUGGUUGGUAAGGAAUGUUGCAAUUAAAAAUUUGAAUAAUUUCAUGUUAGUGUUAUGUUAGUUAUAAAAAACAAAUGUAUAUAUAAAUAAAAAUACAAGGAUUAUCUUUUGUAUUACAUAUGUGAUUCCAUUUUAUUGUGUAUAUAGUAGAUUGAUAGUAAAUAAAAUAAUAAGUGGGAAA